CGAACCACCCACUCGCGCACUCUGGCAACUUCUUUCAAGGCAGCUUGUCUAGGAAGCUGCAUUUAAUGUCGUGCAGUGAAUGACAAGCACUAUCAUCGAGCUGCGGGGCUGUUGAAGCCACUUUAGCUUUAUCGGUUGCCUGGCGUCUCGACGACAAACGUAGAAAUGCGCAAUGUAAUCCUGCAACAUUCAAUCCUUCUGCAUCAAUAAUGGAAGGUCUUGGGAACGAUGUGAGCGGCGUGACACAGGUGGUUUGCGUCGCCGAUCACUGGCGCGCGUCGUCACCAGUAUAUUGGAUAACGUAUACUGCGAAGACGAAUCGGGUCAUUCCUCAAACUGCCUAACGGCCCCCUGAGUGCCCGCGUAAGGUCCUCUAAUUCCCGCAGUUAGCAGGGGCAACGCACGCACUGUUUGCCAGGGAGGUUGCCUUCGGAGCCGACAUAACAAUCUGCAAGUUUGGCAAUAGAUAGCUUGAUCGGGGCGUGGGGCGUGCUAUAGCCAGGCCGCCAUGACCAAGGGACCAGAAGGGACCAUGCAUGCUUUGAGUUUGAGUGGCAUAUCGCGGCAGCGGCGGGACGGGGUAGCAGAAGGUCAAUAUGCUCCCGGCGACUGAUGGGAGGUGGCGAUACCUGACGACUGACCCAGCCGUGACACGCCCUCGCCUCGAGUCCGGCCCCCCCGUCGCCUCCCCUGCCCGGACCACCGCAUUGCCCCCGUCAUACCGCCCCUGCCCGGACCACCGCAUUGCCACCGUCCGCUUCGCUCCCUCCCCCAACCAAGAUACAAACUGGCAAGCCUGUGAGGUCCAAAGCAGGGUGUUCGUUCUCCACGUCACUGGCUCGUGAACUGCGUCAGCAGGUCCCCUCUUGUAACCAAUGCAACCUGUGAGGAUCGCGUGAUAUAGCCAAACUUGCGUGUGAGACGGGAGGGGUUGGAAGCAGCAUAAUAACCUGGAAGUAAAGGGAUUCAGAACCAUGGGACACUCGUUUCGACGGAUCUGGCUUCCGCCGCCUACUUUUUAGUGCCGUGGAGAACGUGGGUUAUGGUGGGCCCGCAACUUAUAACACACAAACCUCUAGGGCUCAGCCCCUAGCCUUACGAGCCUCGGCUCGUGAGGAAGCGCACAACAUUUUCGUGUGCGGCUUUGGCUUUCGUUACUAACUUUUUGUAGCCUUUUGCGGGCUCUGUGAGGCUUUACGACUUGGUUCCGACUUGGUUUGGAUGGCUUCGGCCUUGGGUGGGUGCGUCGCGCCCUGUUUUCGGCAUUGCGCGUUCUGUGGCGGCUGGCCGCGUCUGGGUGGCCGGCCGCGCUCGUUCUGCUCUGUGGUCGCUUUUUGGUUUAGUGUGUGCAGGUUACGGUGGCCCUGGUGGUCGCUCGUGGCCCGGCGCAAGCUUCGAUGUUCCGUGGUGCUCCUCGGCGCCUCUCCUCGUGCCGCCUGGCCCGCCGUCGUCUCCACCGGCGGCCUUGCUGGCUCAGCAGAUAGUUAGGUUGCGGGUGCCGUUCGUAGCAUGGCGGUUCAGGGACCGUUAGGCAGCAGAUGACGCUGGUCCCGGGUGUCGGAUGUGAGUGCCCGGGCGGCUGUUGCCCGGGCGCCCGGGCGGCUGGUGCGCCUGUUCGCCUCCGGGCGCGCGCGUGCCUGUUUGGUGGGUCGGUCUAGUUCGCUGGUGGGGCGGGUGGAGGGCGGUGUGCCCGUGGCGAGGUGUUGUGGUGUACUGGUGGUUUGGUCAGUUUCCGGCUCGGUUUCCCUUUGUGGUGCCUCGGCACCGACGUUUCCGGACAUGGGCCUCCGGGCCAAGACAUUGCGCGUCUGUGACGCCGACGAGAAAAUGUGUGGUGCUUGCGUUUGAUGGGGAUGUCGGCAGACCUCUGGCCUGUCGCGCCUUGUUGUGCGUUGGUGCUGCCGCCACAAGACCUAAACGAGAUGAGGGGUGUUACGUGGCGGUGGGGCUUUGGCGGGCUUCGGCUUGGCUUCGACUCAUGUGCGUAACACUAUGAAGGUCGGCAGCCAACCAGGGGGCGGGUGUUGUUUCUCUGGGUCGCAGAUGGCCCUUCGCGGCGUGGGUACGGCGUGCCCCCGCUUGUCGGGCUGUCCCUUCAAUUGUAAUCCGCAUCCUUAUGUUGGGCCUUAUGUUCUGGAGCUGUCCUGGGUGACGUUGUGCUAAGGAGUGUGCAAAUCACCUGGUAGUCCCACUGCUGAAUUGACAUCGAACUUGCUAAGCGGACACAAUUCACAACGACCAAAGGCCAGCUUUUCCGCCAGGUCACCAGGUGUGAUGGUCAGGGGGUUGACCCCUGAACCUGCGAAGGGAUCGCCGAUAAG